UCAUGUCAGAUGUCCAUAAGAUAAGUACUUAUAAAUAAAGAACCUCUGUUCAAAAUAAAAGUUAAAAAAUAAAUUCAGAAAGGUUCUAAUUAUUAAUAAUAUUAGGCGAUCACUGAACACUGAUUUGAAUAAUUAUAUUCCCAGUUAACCUACAUGGACACAAAAGUGUUUAAAAAAUGCUAAAAGAUUUUCAUUUAAUGAUUAACCAGAUUUAGACAAAAGAGGAUCUAUGAGCACUGUAGCUACUUUAACAACAAUGAACACUGAUUUUUAUGUUUAAGAUGAUGAUCCAAUUGAAGAAAUGACUUCUUCUAGUGAUGAAUCUUAGAGUAAUACUAAAUUCAAAACAGAAAUGUGUAAAAAUUGGAGUCUUCUUGGUAAAUGCAAUUAUAGUAAUAAAUGUUAAUUUGCUCAUGGAGAAAAUGAGAAGAUAUCUAGACAAUCUAAUAUUAAAUAUAAAUCUAAAUUAUGUAGAUCUUUCCAUUAAGAAUAUGUUAAAUCUAUAAUAUAAUUAGGUAUGUUUUUAUGGAGCAAGAUGUUAAUUUAUUCAUGAAAGCAGAAGUAUAGAGCAAAUAAAGAAAGAUUUCAAAUCAUAAACUGUUUUCUAUUAGCCUAGUAAUUAUUAAUUGAGAUUGAAAUCUUUUUAAUCAAUUACUAAUAAUUGGUAAUAAUAAAUUCCACUCUAAGAAUGCCUUAAAUUGUGGAAUACAAAAUUAUUAAUUUAAAUCAAUCUAUCUUCAAGCAGUGAAUGA